UUUUAAUGAAUAAACUUCUCUUUCUCACGUUUUUGCCCAGUUUUUUACUGGCAAUUGUUGAAAAUGGAGGCUGGACUACUGAAGAGAAGGAUAAAGUUCAGCAAAAAAGCAAGUGCAAUAUUGAACGACAUGAUGCUCAGGAAUUAACUCAAAAAGAGUUUCUGAAGAGAUAUGCAUAUUCCGAGCCGGUCAUCAUCUACAACAUCGAUAACGAUGAGUUCCAAAAGCUUACUGAAAAAGCUGAAAUGCUUUCAACGUGGCGCGAUGCCGAUGUAACUCUUAAUUCGGCGAAUACCUACAGCUACACAAGAGUUCCCACAACAUUCGGAAAUUAUAUCGAAGAGAAAAUGAAGCCUCAAAACUUGGAAAUGUUGGGAAACGAGACACUUUACCUUUUCGGAGAUAUUGAUCAAAAAGUCUGGAAGCCGCUUCUCGACAAAUACAAACAACCUGAAUGGAAACUUCCCGGUCACACUGCAGCACUCUCAUUUGGUAUUGCGGGUGCUGGAACUGGAGUACCAUUUCAUUUUCACGGACCUGGAUUCGCUGAAGUGAUUCAUGGAUCAAAACGGUGGUUCCUGUAUCCAUAUGAGCAGAGACCGAACUGGAAUCCGGAUAAAACAACAUUGGAAUGGUACACAUAUGACUAUCCAAAAUUGUCCCGCGACGAACUUCCAUUGGAAUGCGAAAUGAAAUCUGGAGAAGUAAUCUAUUUUCCCGAUAAAUGGUGGCAUGCCACUUUAAACAUUGAAUCUUCUGUUUUUAUUAGCACUUUUUUAAGUCCAUAGACCUUAUUAUUGUUUUCAAAAAUUGUAUUUAUAAUAAUUGUUAAGUUUCUUUUUUUGUUAAGUAAUUUUAUUUUCGAGUUCAAUUUACUGGUACCUGACAUUCUGAAAUUCUGUGAUUUAAGAAUAGUUAUUAUUUUC